ACCCACAACCAAUAUCUCCGGCACCAAGCUUUGCAUGGCGGCGUUGAUCGCUUGCGGGAGGGGGGCGUCGUGGUAAGAGAGUUCAAGCAGAGAGCGGGGCAAUUGGUCACUACCCUCCCAGGCGCCUACCACUCCGGAUUCAACGUCACUCCCACUCAGGCCGAAGCGGUCAACUGGACGGAUUCCACAGAUCGGUCCGAGGAAUAUAUCCCUUGCAACGCGGAAUGCAAUGAUCACGACCCGAUUACGUAUGAGAUAGCGUUUUCGAGCGAUCAGCCCCAGAACUCAACUUCCCUUAAAAAGGAUGCAGGCAAAGAGCAGCACGCCGGAGAGCAGCACACUGGCGACGAGCACACGGAUGAGCAAAACACAGGCGAUGACCAGCAAACCAAAGUCGCAGGACCCCGGAGAUCAGGAAGGAGGAAGUCCGAAGGUACCCCCUAUCCCGCAGGAUUUGUCAUUGGGAACAAUGCGCAGCAAGCCGCUACCUUGCGCAGUGCACGGUAA